CAAAGCCGCCAUACGGGAUGCCUCGCAUCUCCAGCCGUACAGGAACAAGCCUUAUCCUGUCGUGGAACCCCCCACCCCCGCAACAGGACUCUGACAGCCCCAUCUCAUAUAUCAUCGAGUUCAGGGAGUCAGAGGACUCCCGGUGGCAGGUGAAGGCUAAGAAUGUGCGUGAGACGUCUUACCUGGUGGACCGCCUGCAGGAGGACUGUGUCUACUUCUUCCGCGUCAGCACCGAGAACGACUUUGGCGUCAGCGAGCCGUCAGAGGAGAGCAAGGCCUCCAACAUACACGAGGGCUCGGACUCUGAGGAUGAGGAUGUGUUGGGGAGACCAGGUCUGGUACGGCAGGGCUCCGUGAAGCGCCGCGGGCCGCCCGGAGCGCCCGAGUUCCUCAGCCUGCCCGAGGACUGCUUCACCCUGGAGGGGGGGACGGCCGUCUUCAACUGCAUGCUGAGCACCCGGCCCGCGGUCAGCACCGUGCAGUGGCUGUGGAUGGGCAAGGUUAUACAAGAGAGCAGAAAAACACCAGCCUGUGUUUGAUGCGCGGACGGGAGAGUCCAGCCUGACGGUGCAGAGCGUGUCUCUGAGGGACAUGGGACAGUACCAGGUGAAAGCUGAGAACCAGCACGGAGCUAUG